CCGCCCCGGUGCCGCCGGCGGAGCCAGCGCGGAUCGGCCCAGCAUGGAGGGGACCCUGCUCCGCCUCGCCGCCGCCUGCUGCCUCCUCUGCGCCCUGCCAGGAGAGGGACAGAAGACAGCAGAGAUCUCAGUGACACCAUCGCCUUCUCUUAGCACAGUGCUAACUUCGCAUCAGCCAAAGGAAGCCUCUGACUUCAGUCCUGUGACUGCUGCCAUUCCUGAGACAAUCCUGGAGAAAAAUUUGACUACUUCAACACACAAUGCCAGUGGCAACAACGCUACAGAGAUGGAGAAUGCCUCCAUCCCUACCACCCCCGUGGUAGUCAGCGAGACAGAGAGACUGCAGGCUUCCGCCACUGCCAGCCCUAGGAAUGUCACAGUUACACAGCAUGAGCACCACAAUGUGAGCUUCUCACUCAACAGCGGCACUGAAAUCCCCUCCCCUACCCCAACUGCCAGUACUCUAGAAGAAAACCAGCACAACCACGAAGUUACGGAGCCUUCCAGCACAACUGAAGAAGAAGAUGAUGCCAACAGUGCAACCCCCACACCUUCUCUCAACAGUGUAUUGGGUGAGGGUUUGUCUUUACUGCCUGUGCAGAAAGUCCUGACCCCAGGGUGCACAACCUGGAAACUUCUGAACUUUCUUGGGAGCUGGAGAGAGGGAGAAAAGGGGAAUGAGCCAUUGCACGCAACAACUAACAGCUCUCAGCUGGGGUCUUUUGAUGGGCAGACCAUGCGACCCACAGCAGCAAGACCUGAAACGAGGCCAGGAACAAGCCCUGUGGGUGCCACAGAGGAGAGCUCCGUGGAGCCCAGAACCUCGUCUGCUCCCAUCUCCACGGUAGGGAGCACGUCCUCUGCUACCACCUCCAGUACUGUGACGGUGGGAACCCCUGUGACAAGCUCCACACCUACCAGCACAGCUGCCAUCCCCGGCGGCACAUCUACGCUGGAGCAGCCAUUAGAGCCCAUUCACGAGAAAGCUUCUGUCUUGGAUGUUGGCGAUGAUGAAAAUCCAGAGCUACCCAGUUCUCCUUUGGCUGAUACAACAAGGGCUGAUCCCUUGGUAAUCUCCGUGAUCUCCGUCUUCAUUGUCGUGGUGGGCGUCCUAGGCCUGGUGGGCUUCUUGAGAUAUCGCCAGCACAACAGCCGCGUGGAGUUCCGACGCCUGCAGGACCUGCCUAUGGAUGACAUGAUGGAGGACACCCCUCUCUCACUCUACAGCUACUAGGCAACCAGGCUGUCCUCUGCCUGGCCGGCUGAACUUCCCAGAGGAGAAGGCCUUAAGGACUUGGUCCCAGAUGAUCUGCUGAGGAAUGAGGGCCUGUGAUUUGCACACAACUGAAAGAUCCUUUUAAGAUGGCUUUUGGUUUUAGACAUUUUAAACAGUUCAGUGUUGAAGGUUUUAUGCUGGAAAUCACAGAGCAAGUCUGGCCCUUUUCCUCCAGGCUCUCCUCGAAACAGUGCCCUGAAGACAUGCCUCCUCCUUUUAGUGUGGUGACAAAUUAGCCAAGACAACCUUUGCCAUCGUGUUGUGCAUGGAUCUCUCCUGUCCCUCUUGGCGCUGCUGCUUUCAAAGGAGGUGGGCAAGUGAUCCAUACAAGAGCUUUUAACACUGGUGGUGUCGGUACAGCGCUAGCAAAGGAGACUGCUGUUUUCUGAGGGAGCCAAGGAUGUGGAAGUCAGUUCUCAAGGGCUCCCUCUUGUUCUGUGUUUUUUAAGGUUAUUUGUUUUGGGUUUUUUUUCUUGCACUUUUUUUGUUCCUGUUUCAGCUUUAGUCCUGGGAUCAGCACUGACCAUCCUGAAAUACUUACCAGGAGGAUGACAGGCUGCCCUGCUUCCUUCCUACACGCAUACCUUUUCUCUUUAACCAGGGGAAACAGUUUUGUGGCCAUUAGAGAAGUGCCCUUGCUACUUGAUGUUGCUUUGAAGUUGCUGGGAGGAAAAUGAGCAUAAUUUUAGCUUAACAGGGCUUGAUAGGACUUAGUCUAUUGCCAAUUAGACACACUAAUUUGGUCUCACCCAAAUUAGGAAACUGUCUCCCUAUAAUUCAUGCUUUUGGCAUAUGCAUAAACUCCUUGCCCAGGCUCAGUAAAUGC